AGCCUCUCCGCCCCGACCACGCCCACCAUUGCACGGGCACGCGCACGCCGCGGCCUCGAGCACGCCGCCGCUCUCGUCGCAGUAAACGCGGCCGCUCCGGUUGGCCUUGGGGGCGGGGCUGUAGAGGAACUUGCCAAAGCCGCAGAGUAAAGUGAGAAUUCUACUAGAGAGGAGAUGGCUGCCUCUUCAUCAUCCUCCUCAGCCGGUGGGGUCAGUGGAAGUUCUGUCACUGGAUCUGGUUUCAGUGUCUCAGACCUUGCCCCACCACGGAAAGCCCUUUUCACCUACCCCAAAGGAGCUGGAGAGAUGUUAGAAGAUGGCUCUGAGAGAUUCCUCUGUGAAUCCGUUUUCAGCUAUCAAGUGGCAUCUACGCUUAAACAGGUGAAACAUGAUCAGCAAGUUGCUCGGAUGGAAAAACUAGCUGGUCUGGUAGAAGAGCUGGAGGCAGAUGAGUGGCGAUUUAAACCCAUCGAGCAGCUGCUGGGGUUCACACCCUCUUCAAGUUGACCUUGCCUGGACAGUCACCUCUGGGGCACAGCAAGUGCAGAAAUUCAAGAGAUCCUAGAGUUGAGCAGAAAUACUUUCUGAAGCACCUUUCCCAGUGAAGAUUCAGCUUCUACUUGAGUGCUGCCAGGAAUGAGACCCUCACUAUUUGAGGAUGGCCCCUCCCUCUCUGCACCUUUCUGUUGGUCAUUAUGUCUCAUCCACAACUCCUAUUGCCAUGUUUUGGGCUUGAAAAUGGACCUGUUGUUGCUCAUCUUUCAUCCCCUCUGCACUCAUUAUGUGCCAGCCACUCACAGGCAUUAAUCAUAAUCCUUUCAGUAAUGCUGUAAGAUGUGUAACACCUCCUAAUACAGAAGAGGAACUUGAAGCACAAAGCAGGCAUUACUACAUGCUAAGGCUGCAUAGCUAAGUAAAUGGCCAAGUCUGGAUUUGAACUCAAAGUCUGCCAGACUCCAAAGCUAAGAUUAUUUUAGUUGAAUCAUGUGGCAUCCCAUUGAGCCCAACCCAGGGCCUCGUACAAAGGAAAAUCCUAAAACCUUCUUUUUUCUUUUUAAUGAUAAAAUGAAUUAACUACCUGGAGGAAAUAAGCCUUGCCACUACCCUCCCUUCUUCCAGUGCUUGUUGAUAAAGAGUCUUAAGUACAAUGAAGCCCUCUUUCUUUAAGAACUGAUAGGAAUUAGGGGCUUCCCUGGUGGCACAGAACCCACCUGCCAAUGCAGGGGACACGGGUUCGAGCCCUGGUCCGGGAAGAUCCCACAUGCUGCAGAGCAACUAAGCCCAUGUGCCAAAACUACUGAGCCUGCCCUCUAGAGCCCGCGCGCCACAACUACUGAAGCCCAUGCACCUAGAGCCCGUGCUCUGCAACAGGAGAAGCCACUGCAAUGAGAAGCCUGCACACCACAACAAAGAGUAGCCCCCGCUCACCGCAACUAGAGAAAGCCCGCACGCAGCAACGAAGACAAAACACAGCCAAAAAUAAAAAUAAAUAAAUUUAUUUAAAAAAAAACAUAGGAAUUAGCUAUAUGUUAGUAUCUACCUAACCUUUUAAGAUUCAGUAUGAUGAAAUGUAGUUAGAUGCUUAAGGGGUACCUACCCAAGUGAGCAAGGAGGAAGGCAAGAGGGCAGAUGGCAGCUAACGACCAGGACUGCACAGACAGCCAUCCUAAGAGAGCGGAUGGUAACGGUGCCUCAGUGCACAAAACACUUUGCAGCUUCUAAAGCAUUUUCAUAUAUGUCGUGUCUUUAGUCCCUCAUCAACGCUGUGAGAUAAAUGAGGCAGGUAGUUUACAGUUGCAGAAACCAGUACAGAGAAGGUAAGGUACCAAGAUUAUUAUCCAAAUUAUAGUUAAUAAUAUAGGCCUUUCAAAUCUUUGUCUCUGUGCCUUCUAGUUCAUCAUAUACUAGAAAAUCUGAAGGUAGAACUUGCUGUUAAUAAAGAAUUGUUCAUGUUGG